CAGCUUUCAUUGACUGAGAAUCUGCUUCUUCAAACUUCAAACCUCAGAUUCAUUUAAAAACGGUGAACGAAAUUGCGCGAAAUUUCUACGCCAACACCACAAAAAUUCUCAUUCUGCAAAUGAGAUUGAUACAAUUCAAACAGCGUCUCUACCUGAAAAAGAAUAUAAGAAAAAAAUAAUCCUUUCUUCGAUCAAUAACCAUUUUCACCCCGAUCCAAGCCAGCAAUCUUCUUCCCCAAAGUCCUUUCUUUGAUUGGCAACUCAGACACCAGGAAGCAAGAGCGCAAGACAACAGGGAAGAAGAUGGGCGAUGGUGUUAUGCAAAUACUAGCAAAGCCAAUCCAGCUCGCCGACCAGGUGACUAAGCUGGCCGACGACGUCCACUCCUUCAGGGCUGAGUGCCAGGAACUCAAGUCGAAGACAGACCGCCUCGCCGCUCUUCUCCGACAAGCUGCGAGGGCGGAGCUCUACGAGCGCCCGGCUCGUCGGAUCAUGGACGACACUGAACAACUCCUCGACAAAGCCCUCUCUCUAAUCGCCAAAUGCCGCGCCAACGGAAUCAUGAAACGCAUGUUCACCAUCAUCCCCGCUGGCGCCUUCCGCAAGAUGUUGAUCGGCCUUGACAACUCCAUCGGCAACGUAUCUUGGCUUCUUAGGGUAUCCGCCGCUGGCGACGAGGACGGCGAUAUGCACCUAGGUCUUCCCCCUAUCGCCCAGAACGAACCCAUCCUGUUUCUAAUCUGGGAGCAGAUCGCAACACUGCAUACCGGUAACCUCGACGCUCGCGCCGAUGCCGCUGCUAGCCUCGUUUCCCUCGCCCGAGACAAAAGGUACGGCACGCUCAUUAUUGAAGAAGACGGUGUCGGCCAUCUUCUCCGGCUUGUCAAGGAGGGGCGGGUUGAGGGACAGGAGAACGCCGCUCGUGCCCUAGGUCUCCUCGGCCGAGAUCCGGAGAGUGUUGAACGGAUGGUUAUCGCAGGCGUCUGUUCUGUGUUUUCAAAGGUCCUUAAGGAAAGUCCCAUGAAAGUUCAGGCCAUGGUAGCCUGGGCCGUCUCCGAGCUUGCUGCUAAUCACCCUGAAUGUCAGGACAUCUUCGCUCAGAACAACGUCGUCCGCCUCCUCGUCGGCCAUCUCGCCUUCGAGACCGUAGAAGAGCAUUCAAAGUACACGAUUCCUCCUAAGGUCACCUCAAUUCAUACCGUCGUCAUGGCGAAUAUUACCGCCGAUCCGUCCAUGGACUCGUCGGAGCAACCCCUGCUUCGCCAGCCCAUCCACAGCCAAGCUCGGAAGAACCAGAUGCACGACGUCGUCCAGUACACCGUGACCGGCAAAAAAAACCCAUCCGAUCACCAUUCCGUCAACGUCCGGCAGCCGCUUAUUGUCAAGGGAAGAGAAUUCGAAGAUCCGGCGACCAAAUCCUACAUGAAAGCAAUGGCCGCCCGCGCGUUAUGGCAGCUCGCCCGGGGAAAUUCCACCAUAUGUAAGGGCAUCACGGAAUCAAAAGCCCUCCUCUGCUUCGUCGUCCUUCUAGAAAAGGGGGAAAACGAUGUCCAGUACAAUUCCGCCAUGGCUCUUAUGGAAAUCGCCCGCGUCGCCGAGGACGACGCCGUUCUCCGCCAUUCCGCCUUCAAACCAACAUCCCCCACCGCUCGUUCCAUCGUCGACCAACUCCUCCGCAUCAUCGAGAAGGCAGACUUUAAUGACCUUCUGGUACCCUGCAUCACCGCCAUCGGCUGCUUGUCCAGAACAUUCAGAGCCACCGAGAAACGGAUCAUUGGGCCAUUAGUUCGGCUGCUGGACGACAAAGAAGGGGUUGUCAUGCGUGAAGCAGCCAUUGCUCUCACUAAGUUCGCCUGUACUGAUAAUUACCUCCACCUCGACCAUUCCAAAGCCAUUAUCAACGCCGGAGGAGCCAAACACCUCGUCCAACUCGUCUAUUUUGGUGAACAGAUGGUGCAGAUUGCAGCUUUAAUCCUUCUGAGCUACAUAGCCCUCCAUGUUCCCGAGAGCGAGGAGUUGGCAAUAGCUGAGGUUCUCUCAGUGCUCGAAUGGGCUUCGAAGCAGGGUUUUGUAAUUCAAGAUCCUGAAUUGGAGUUUCUUUUACCAGAGGCCAAGGGAAGGUUGGAGCUUUAUCAGUCUAGAGGAUCUGCAGGCUUCCAUUGAUUGAUUGAUUGAUUCCAGUAGUGAGGAAAAUCAAUCAGGAGGAGUUGAUUUGUGAUAGAUUUAUAUACAUUAGCAUUAGAAUAUAGUUAUUUAAAGACUCUUAAUUGGCUGGGUGUAUAUUUCUAUUCUUUUUUAUUGACACUUAAUAAUUUUUCCUCU